CAAAAGUGAAAAACUGCGGAGUCAUAUUGGGUUCUAGAUUGAAAUGCGCGAUUGCGCCUUGGCUUUGUCCUGUCAUCUCUAAUCGAUUCUCUUCUUCUCUGCACUUCAAUAGCGUUUGUUGUUUGAUUCUUCCUGUUGUUGUCAUCCAAGCCGAGCGGCUUGAUGUGCCGUUGUCGACGUUGACGUCAGUGUUCAAUCAAGUUUCGGUUACUCACUGAACCCCCAAUUCGAUUUUCUAGGGUUUUAAUUUUGUCAUGGAGAUCGGAAAGCGAACUGAAGCGACGGACAACGAAUUGCAGUUGCCGGAAAGCGUAAUUCAGCACAUACAGUCUUUUCUCAGCGGCAAGGAGGCAGCUUCGACGGUUGUGCUAGCGAAAUCGUGGUACAAUUCGUGGUUGACUCGUCCGAAUCUGGAUUUCGAUGACCGCUACUUUCGGGGUCGGAAUUCAGAUGCCCAGAACCAUGAGAUGUUCUUGAAUUUCUUGAAGGAGAGCAUGGAAAGGUACGAAGAAUUGAAAUUGAAUAUAGAGAGUUUCAGGCUUCGUAUGAAUGUUAGGGAUAUUGAUGCAUCUUCAUCUGCUUCUGGAUUUAUUGUUAAAGCUGUGAAAAUGUGUGCUAGCGGUUUCGAUGUUGAAUAUCAUCCCCCAUUAUCUGAAUUCCCUUUACCAAAGGAAUUGUUUGAAAGUAAGGAUUUAGUUCGAUUAUCAGUUUUAGGGUGUAGAAUUUUGUUGGGGGAGGUUAUGUGUUUGAGACUUACAUCUCUCUGUUUAUCUAAGGUUCGAAUGGAAGAAGCCAUGAUUAGGAAUAUAAUGGAAACAUGUCUGAUGCUCGAAAAUUUAUCCCUAUCUGAUUGUGAAGGAUUCAAGAAAGUUAAUGUGACAAAACUUGCUGGACUCAGGAAGUUUACUGUUACCAGUCAUGUGACAAAGCCAAUGCUAUCUUGGAGCCCCUUAGUUGAAUUUGUAAACAAAAGUGUUGCAUCACUUGCCGACGAUAAGAUCAAUGUGUCUCAGUUUUGGAAAUUGAAUAAUUUGGUUCUCGAAAGGGUGAGGCUAGGUCAGAUGGUGUUUACUGAUUUCUUGAGUAAAUUCCCUUAUUUGGAGGAUCUAAAGGUUCACUAUUGUAAUGGUUGUGUGAAAUUUGAUCUAUCGAGUCCUUCUCUUAAGUACAUAAGCUUGGCAGACACCGAGAAACUAUGGAUCCAGCUUGUUGAUGUUCCCAAUAUCCGUAAGUUUAAGUUUUCAGGGUCUACCAUACCUUUCUUGGAAUGUAACACAACAUCAAAGGAAUGGGAGUCUGAUAUAAGACUUACAGUCUGGAACACUCUUGGUGCUUCGGGGUUUCUUGAGAUGAGUAACUUUUUGUCAAACCUGAGUUCUUCAAAAAUUUCUCUAGCUAUUGAUUUGCUGUCAAAACGCGUAGAGUUUGUGCCGGAUGUUCACAAUUUCCCUAAGCCUGUUGUGGAGAAUCUGACUCUGAUAGUCCAUUCGUCGAAUUCAGUGUCUGCCCUUUUGGACGGUCUAAUCUGGAGUUUUCAGCCUAAGGUUGUGAACCAUCAGUUGAUUCGGAUGUUCGAGAAGUGCCAGAACACGAAAUGUAAACUCCUCCACCCAGCCAUCUGCAAAGCAAGCAAUGAAGCGCUGCGGCUUCUGUAUGAAAAGCUUACAAACUUUGAAAAUUCUGAAUCCUGUACUCCAACUGAGAAAUUAAUUGGCUGGCACGAGUUCAAGGAAGUGAAUGCCGAGUAUUUUGAAGAUGUUCUUAAAGAAUGGCGGCCUCUUCCCAGGAAAAGUUUAUUACCGGUGAAGGACGUACAGAUCCGAUUCCAUCUGAGAUGGGGAGAAAGUUCGAAACUCUGCGACUCUGGGAGCUAAGUUGCAUUGCUACGAUUGCUUCGUUACGGGAUGCGAAGGAUCGAUACUUUUGGACACUGUUGUCGGGAAUUGUUUCGCGUGCUGAUAUACUUGCCUUGGCUGCUCGGGAUGCCAUCCUUUUUGCGGUGAUUUUUUUUUUCGAAACUUUACAUAUAUAUUAUGACAAACUUUGCUUCGAAUAUAAUAUAUUGUUAGAAGUUAUUUUAAUUUUAAUUUUGUGAGUACGAUGUUGAAUAGAAAACAAAUACUCCUAUAUGAUAUGGCAUAAAUAGAAGUUAGAGUAUAAUAUUUUGAAUUGAAAAUAUAUCCGUAGUUAAUAUUCUAAAUAAAAUAUAGAUUUUGAUUAUAGUAUAUUUAAAUAUAGACUUUUUGUGAGCAAUGCAAAAAUAAAUUUGAAAGUAUAAGUAAACACUGGUUGGCUAACAAUACUAUUUAUCGACUAUAAUUUGAAGGAAUAAUCUAUGUUUAACAAUCUUCAUAUGUAUGUAAGUUCGGAGAUAGGGGAGAAAGGAUAGUAAGAUUUUCCUUUUUUUUUAGAUGGGACUAUUGUUUGUGCUCUUAGACUCCAUUUACAAGUUUUAAGUUACAUUUUGACAACACUUUUAUAAUUUUGGCACUAUUUAAUUUUUUAAAAAUCAUUACAACAACUAUAUUUUCUUCUAAUAAAAUUUUAUAUCAAAUAUUCAUUUUUUUUUUCUCAAAAUUUUAAAACACCAAAAGUCUGGUGUGUUUGUUUGUG